UCACAUGGUCUUGUAUUCGAUCUUUCUAUUCCAAACUUUGAAGUUCCGUGACCAACACCUAUUCUUUCUCCUAAUCUCUCUUUUAUCAUCCACACAUACAUUCAUUUCCCUCUUAGAUCUCUUUCCAGCCUUAUCCGUUUGCUAAUUCUUGGAUUUAUUCAUUGUUGUUCCAUUCUUUUGUUUUAGUUUCUACAUUGAAUUUACAAUCUUGUUUGCAAAAGGAAAAAAAAUGAAGGGAAGUACUGGAAACCCAUUAUCCUUAACAUCCCUGAAUCACAUCUCCCUUGUUUGUAGAUCAGUUGAGCAAUCCAUUGAAUUUUACAAGAAUGUUCUUGGUUUUGUGCCCGUUAGGAGGCCUGGAUCAUUCAAUUUUAACGGCGCUUGGCUGUUUAGUUACGGAAUAGGGAUUCAUCUACUUCAAUCGGAAGAUCCUGAGAAAAUGCCAAAGAAAACUGAAAUCAAUCCCAAAGAUAACCAUAUCUCUUUCCAGUGUGAGAGCAUAGGUGCAGUGGAGAAGAAGCUAACAGAAAUGGGGAUAAAAUACGUGAGGCAGCUGGUGGAAGAAGGAGGUAUAUACGUAGAUCAGUUAUUCUUCCACGACCCAGAUGGAUUCAUGGUUGAGAUUUGCAACUGCGACAACUUGCCAGUGAUACCGCUGGCUGGUGAAAUGGCUCGUUCUUGCUCAAGGGCUAAUCUUCAGUUGCUUCAACCUCAGCAAUCGCAGCAACAGUCCGCAGCACAAGUCCCAGUGAUCAAGCCUUAAAAAGGAGAGCAUAUUUUUCAGUGUCCCAUACUUUGGAUCAUCUUCUGUGUGUGUUUGCGUACGUCUUUUCUUAGGGUUGUUGGUAAUAAGACAAAUUGGCAAUUGUCCAGAUUUGGAGUUAUGUAUGAGCUGGUCUCAUUGAUUCCUUAAUUGAUUCUGUUUUCUUCUAUAGUGUUUGCGUCUUUCAGUACAUAAAAUACUUAGGAUACAUCAUGCAUGCACCGCUUAUGAAUCAGACUUUUGGAAAAGAAGAAAUAAGACACGCAGAAAAACUGCUUGUA